AUGGUAGAGUUUGCCAUUAACAACUCGGUGCAUGCGUCCACGACACAUACACCGUUUUACGUGAAUGGCUUGCGCCAUCCGCGUGUACCCACCUUACUAGAGUUUAACUCUGAAGUCAUUGCGUUUGAUGCCGAUAUCGAUAACAUCGAUAUCGAAGAAGAUGAUGCCAGCGAGAGUGCGGAAGCCCUCACUGAAGAAGACGAUCCCAGUGAGAGUGCGGAAGCCCUCACUGAAGAAGACGAUCCCAGUGAGAGUGCGGAAGCCCUCACUGAAGAAAAGGUUGAUGUUGCUGCAGUGCGCUCACAGCGCACUGAAGCUAACGAGUCAUCAGAUGAGUUCAUACUGGCUCGUGAAACGGUAGUCCGUUUUGUGCAAGACUCCAUCGCCGAAGCUGUGGAUAAGCAAAAGCAAAACGCUGACAAGAAUGGAAGUGCCAACACUCUUUUAUUUAAUAAAGUAAACUUCUACCCAAGUACAUUGGCCCAUUUCGCGUAUUGCAUCGCCUAG